UCAUUCCCCAGCUCGCUCGCGCUCUCGACCGGUAGGUACAGCGCGUUUUUUCCGCCUAAUUCCGCCCUCUAUUUCGUCUGGAUUUGUACCUUUCGAAUUUACGUCAUCCCCAUAGUCACCGGAGAAGAGGCCGUCGCCGGAAAAUUGCUUUCAAUCAUUCUCCAUGGCCGCGGAAUCCGAUCCUUCCGGUGAGGCGAAGGUCGUAGCGGAAACUGAAGGUCGAUCUUCAGAUCCAUCUUCCGAAGGCUCCAAUUCGGGCCCAACUUCAGCAGGGAGCGGCGCAGACGAAGAUCCUGAGGUGUCCGACCAUGGCUUAAGUCGAGGAAUGAGCUCGAUGAUGCUGAGCACGGGGGGGUUGCCCGUCGGACGGAGUGGAGUCGUCGAGGACGGAGGCGUUCAGCUUCGCGAAGAACCGAAGGUGGACGUCGUCGUGACGAUUGGUUUGAAUGAGGACGAGUCGCGUGGGAGGACUGAUGGAGUCGGUGAAGUUGAGCAAGACGUCGAGCGGAAUGAGGAAUUGGGAACGGCAGGUAUCGGGUCGAGUUCGGAAGGUUUAGGCGGCGGAGCGAACGGAUUGGAAGAACGAAAAGAAGACGAUGUUGAACUCCGUGAAGAAUCCGCUGCUGACGAUGGGGAUGAGAUUUCGGAUGGAUUACGUGAUGGAGAGAGAGAACCCGGUGAAGAAGUCCCCGUCGAGCGUGUUGAGGAGUCGGCAAAGGCACCAGGCGUUAGAGCCGGUGGGUUGGAAGAAGAAGAAGAAAAAGAAGUCGAUAUUCGUGACAGAUUGAUCUCCGAGGGUGUGCGUCUCGUCUCAGUUGAGUCACGUGGCGGAGAGGAAGGAUUGCAUGAAGAGGACGUCGACCGCGGUGAUAUGGUGGCAACAAGUAAUGGCAUUUCGUUAUUUUCAGAACCAGAGGGGCUCGACAACGUGGAGGAGCCGUCAGCCAGCAUCAUGUGGAGGGAAAACACAGAGCAAGAAGAGGUUCCUUCGAGUCCCAGUAGCAGUGGCUACGCUGGGGAGCGGGGCAGUAGCAGCGCAGGCAGUAUGAGCAGCAUGGAGUCGGGGGAUUCGAUCCGACGGGAUGAUGGUGAAGGGACAAGCGAAAUUAGGCCUUUCUCCGAAAAUAGCAAGGAUUCUGGUUCAAAUUGGAUACCUGGGAAGCGGCACCUCGAUGAGGUGAGUCCUGCCCGCCAAGAUGACGCUUCAAUUUCUUGGAGGAAGAGAAAGAAGCAUUUUUUUAUUUUAAGCAACUCAGGGAAGCCAAUAUAUUCUAGAUACGGAGAUGAGCAUAAGCUGGCAGGAUUCUCUGCAACUUUGCAGGCAAUAAUUUCCUUUGUGGAGAAUGGUGGAGAUCGCGUGCAACUUGUACGAGCUGGGAAGCAUCAGGUUGUUUUCCUCGUAAAAGGUCCGAUUUACUUGGUCUGCAUAAGCUGUACUGACGAGCCAUAUGAAGCACUAAGGGGACAAUUAGAGCUUAUCUAUGGUCAGAUGCUAGUUAUCUUGACAAAGUCUGUAAACAGAUGUUUUGAGAAGAACCCAAAAUUUGACAUGACACCCUUACUUGGAGGAACUGAUGUGGUCUUCUCUUCUCUCAUUCAUGCCUUCAGUAGGAAUCCAGCUAGUUUUCUUCAUGCAUAUACGUGCCUUCCUCUUGCUUACUCCACCAGGCAGGCUGCAGGCGCUAUUUUGCAAGAUGUUGCUGACUCCGGAGUCUUAUUUGCUAUAUUAAUGUGCAAACACAAGGUUAUCAGCCUUGUGGGAGCUCAAAAAGCAUCACUCCAUCCAGAUGACAUGCUUUUGCUUUCAAAUUUUGUGUUAUCCUCAGAGUCAUUCAGGACAUCUGAAUCUUUCUCACCAAUUUGCUUGCCAAGAUUCAAUCCCAUGGCAUUUCUCUAUGCCUAUGUUAGCUAUUUAGAUGUUGACACAUACUUGAUGUUGCUUACUACUAGUUCAGAUGCCUUCUAUCAUCUUAAAGAUUGCAGGUUUCGCAUUGAGAAUGUGCUUCUGAAGUCUAAUGUCCUUUGUGAAGUUCAAAGAUCCGAGCUUGAUGGUGGUCUUAGAGUUGAGGAUCUUCCUCUUGAUACAAAUCCACGCUCAGGGUCUGCAUCACCUCAUCUUGGUCAAGAAAGGUCAGCUCCAGGUUCUCCAACCAGAGCCAUAAACAAUGGUGUUGGUGGUCCAGCUGGACUUUGGCAUUUCAUGUACCGGAGUAUUUACUUAGACCAGUAUGUAGCUUCAGAGUUUUCACCACCUCUCCAAGGUCAGAAACAGCAAAAGAGAUUAUACAGGGGAUAUCAGAGACUUUAUGUGUCCAUGCACGACAAGUUGACUGGACCGCACAAGACACAAUUCAGAAGGGACGAGGAUUAUGUUCUUCUAUGCUGGAUUACUCCGGACUUUGAGCUAUAUGCAGCAUUUGAUCCACUUGCUGACAAGGCAACCGCGAUAAGUAUUUGCAAUCGAGUGUGCCAAUGGGUGAGGGAUGUAGAGAAUGAGAUUUUUUUGUUAGGUGCAAGCCCUUUCUCUUGGUGAUUGCAUCUGAUUUAUGUAGCUCUCUUUAUUUUAAAUUUAUGAAAAAUAUGAAAUCAAUAGUUGAUAGUUUGAUAUUA